AUGAAAGAACCGGAGAAGGCGCCGCCAGCCUGGCUGGAGACCAUCCGGCUAGAGCACGUGCCCGAGACACACUCGGUGCACGUCGCCGUCUUCAAGGACAUCGAGAACGCCGAGUUCCUUCACCAGCAGCUCCUGGGUCGCAAUGCGGAUUUCGAAUACGCCUUCAUCGACGCGAGUUCCGUUGUCUCCCGUCUGCAGGUGCUGUCGGCCAUAUUCAAGUCCAUAACGGUACAGCUCAACGGAGCUAUGAAAACACCCAAUAUCCACUCGGAGAUCGUGUCCUCGCUGAGUCCCACCAAAAAUAUAUCUGAGGCAUAUCGACGGUACGGCAUCACGCCCACGAGCAAGAACAUCAUCGUCGUGAGGGUGCUCAUCUCGCCGAGCACCCUCACGGCCGAGGAUGUAGAGAAGCAUCUCGUCGACAACGUGCAAGGCGUGUCACGUCCGCUCGAUGACAAGACGCUGUCUGGGUUCACAGACUGGAGCAAGAUACGCAAGUACUACAAGCUGAACGGCGUGGGCUGGGUAGACGCACUCAAGGAUGUGGGCGUCAAGAGUAAGGAGAUGGAAAUGCUGGUACUUGGUGGCAUGUCACUUAGAGGGCUGUGA